CUCCCGUUUUUUUUUACUUUAGAUCUGACAGGGUUUGAUUUCGGGCAUAGGAGUAGGAAAGUGACGACAGAUAGAUCUGUUUACAAUAAACCUCUUCUUAAGUGAACAGCUAACCAUUUCGCCACCUCUUCAAGAAAAAAUCUCUAAUGCUCAUAUAGAAAGAUGUCGAAAAAAUUCUGUUGGAGUUUUCUACCGACUGUUUCGGAUUCGAAACAGGAGCGCGUGGCGCGGCAGAGGAGCCGUGAGAUUGACGUUAUGCUGAAGCGGACCUCACAUGCUCCUGUGGUGCUCUUUCUUGCCGGAAAUCGUCACAGCGGGAAAUCCACUUUCAUUAAACAAAUUCGCAUUAUUAGCGGACCAGAGUUCAGUCAACAAGAGCUGAUUGACUUCAGACAGUCAGUUUACCAAGACAUAAUAGAGGGUUUGAAAGCAUUGGUUGUAGAAAAAAACAGGAUGGGCAUCCCAUGGGAAAAUUCAGCCAAUGAGAUGCACGAGAUGUUGAUGAUGUCUAUUGAAACCUGGAAAUUUCAUUUAGAGCCCGAUAAAUUUCAAGGCUUUGUUACGGCUAUCAACUCUCUGUGGAACGACUCUGGGAUUCAGGAGGCUUAUAGCAAGAUUAAGAAAAUAAAUUUUUUUGUGAGAUAUGAAUCUGUGAAAUACUUCCUUAAUAACAUGAAUCGCAUUGGUCAGCUGAGCUACAUUCCCUGCAACCAGGACAUUAUUUAUGCACGCAAAUCCUGCACAGCUAGCUGUUAUUUUGUGCACCGUAAUAUCUUGAUAACAGAAGGUUGUGCAACACGGAAAUUCGACGGUUGCCACAACACUGCCAAAAACAUCCUCUUUAUGGCGGCAUCCAGUGAGUUCGACCAAGUCAUGGAUGAGCCCUACUACACUUCAAAUGGGAGCACCAGCCUGGUUGAGUCCUUGGAAUUCUUUAAGGUCCUCCUCAGCAAUAGGUUCUUACGCAAAUGUACCAUCAUCCUCUUCCUCAACAAAACUGACCUGCUGGCAGAGAAAGUACAGACUGCAGAUAUCCGGAAGUAUUUUCCAGAAUUCCAAGGUGACCCGCACAGCCUGGAAGAUGUGCAGAGAUUUCUCGUUGAGUGUUUUAGGGAGAGGAUUACGACAGUGGACGACAGUCGCCCAUUCUUCUAUCACUUUACUACUGCGGUGGACACAGAGAACAUUCGGAUUGCGUUUGACAGUGUUAAAGAAAUUAUAAUACAGGAAAACCUUAAAAAUUUCAAGAUCCCGUGAGAACCAGAUGGAGCUGUUGUUUAGCAGUAUAAUAGUUUAGUAGUUCACAUACUGUGAUAUUGUAAAAUUGCCACUGUUUUUUUGCCUUUUACUUGCAUUCUUUGCACACUUAUCUCACAUACCAGCAGGUAUGCACAUCUACUGCAUGUGAGCAUUUGCACUUUAAAGACAUACGUGCACACACCACACAUGCUUAUAUAUUUCUAUAUACUGUAUCUAUACUGUAAAUAAUAUUUUAAUAGAUGUUUUAUUUCUUUUACUGUUUUUAUUUAAUGUCUACUUUUUUGUACAGCUGUUGAAGCCUCACAUCAAACAUUUUAAUGCACGAAUGUAACUUCAUCUUGUGAACAUAACAAAUAACUUGAAACUUUAUCUGGUUGACCAAAUCCCUUACAGCAUUCAAAAGCAGCUAUAAAUGUAUCUUUUUAUGAAUACUUCACAAGAACCUGUUGAAUGCUUUGCCUAUUAAAAAUAAAUCCUCUAA